CUAUAAAUCGACAACAAACAAUUUUGAGUAGAAAUUCAAAUUCAUUCUUUGGAUCCUUUUUAACUUUACAUUUGAGCUCAUAAUUUGCCAUGUUAUGAAGUCCCGCUUCCACUCUCUGCUUUCUUCUCACUGGCUCCAAAUUCUGAGACAAUUCUCGUCAGCCUCCGCCAUUAAACCCACAUGGAACUCCAAAACCAACGUAAUAAUCACUAACCCAACUCUGCAGAUCAUGGAAUCCUGCACCACCAUGCUCCAGCUGAAGCAAAUUCAAGCUCAAAUGACUACCACCGGCCUCAUCACGCACACCUUUCCGGUCAGCAGGGUGUUAGCUUUCUGCGCUCUCGCCGACGGAGGCGACAUUCGAUACGCGCGUGUUCUUUUCACCCAGAUUGGAAAACCCAAUACGUAUAUGUGGAACACGAUGAUCAGAGGCUACUCAAAGGCGCAAAUUCCAGAAAUUGGGUUUUCGUUUUUCGGUCGAAUGGUUCGUGAAGGUGUGGAGAUGGACGGCCGAAGUUUUGUUUUUGCGCUCAAGGCGUGCGGGCAGUUUGGGAGAGUUUUGGAGGGAGAUUCGAUUCAUUGCGUGAUUUGGAAGAUGGGUUUUGAUUCUGAUUUGCUGGUACGAAAUGGGUUGCUGCAUUAUUAUGCUGAGGGUGGGUUUCUAAGUCUUGCACGCAAAGUGUUUGAUGAAAGUUCUGCGAGGGAUGUUGUUACUUGGACCGCGAUGAUUGAUGGGUAUGCAGGAAGUAAUUGUUCUGAUGAGGCUAUGGAAUUGUUCGGCUCGAUGUUGUUGAGUAAUGUCGAGCCGAAUGAGGUUACUAUGAUUGCAGUGCUUUCGGCGUGUUCCGAAAAGGGAGGUAUUGGUAUGGGAAAGAGUGUUCAUGAAUACAUACAAAAGAAGAGUGUGAAUUGUAGCCUAAAUUUGCUCAAUGCUUUGUUGGAUAUGUAUGUGAAAUGCGGAUGUUUGCUUGCGGCUCAAGAGACUUUUGACAACAUGAAAGUCAGGGAUGUAUUUUCAUGGACUAGCAUGGUUAAUGGAUAUGCAAAAUGUGGGGACUUGGACUCUGCAAGAAAGUUUUUCGAUGACAUGCCCGAAAGAAAUGUAGUAUCUUGGAAUGCGAUGAUUGCUGGUUAUACACAGAAUAACCGACCAAAUGACGCGUUGAAAUUGUUUUAUGGCAUGGUGGAGUCAGGUAUGGUUCCAACAGAGGACAGUUUAGUGUGUGCUCUAUCUGCUUGUGGUCAAUUGGGUUGCCUGUAUUUGGGUCAGUGGAUUCACAACUACUAUAUCGAUCAAAAGCGUAUUCUACGCAGUGUGAUUCUGGGGAAUGCAUUGAUGGACAUGUAUGCCAAGUGUGGGGGUAUAAAUUCGGCCGCACAACUCUUCAACGAAAUGCCAGAGAGAAAUGUGGUUUCUUGGAACACCAUGAUUGCCGCAUAUGCCGGCCAUGCGAAGCAAGCGCUUACUCUGUUCGACCAAAUGAAAAGUACGGGACUGAAACCGGAUUCUAUCACAUUUGUGGCGGUCUUGUCUGCUUGCAGUCAUGGUGGAUUAGUUUCUGAAGGCAAAGACCAUUUUGAAAGCAUGGCUAGGGAUCAUGGGAUCGAGCCGAAAAAGGAACAUUAUGCUUGUAUGAUAGAUUUACUAGGAAGAGUUGGAUUGCUCGAAGAAGCUUACGAGUUGAUAAACAAAAUGCCAAUGGAGCCAACAGAGUCUGCUUGGGGUGCACUUCUUAAUGCAUGUAAAAUUCAUGGGAAUGUUGAGAUGGCUAAGCUUUCUGCUGAGAGACUCUUAGAAUUGGAUCCCGAAGACAGUGGUAUUUAUGUAUUGCUUGCAAAUUUAUGCGCUAAUACGAAAAGGUGGGACGAUGUACAGAUAGUUAGGAGCAUGAUGAAAGAGAGGGGUGUGAAGAAGAAUCCGGGGCGAAGCUUGAUAGAGGUAGAGGAUGAAAAGGAUGCCCCCUCCCUGUAAAGCGCAGGCGUCUGGGUAAGGGACUCUUUGGUGAGCAGAGUUCGAGUGAAGAAGAAGAUUUAGUGAGCACAUCGGACCAUGAAAAUGCUCGAGAUGAAGAAAACAAGCAAGACAAUGAGGAUGACAAUGAACGAAUAGAAGAAGAGAAAUAUUUGGCGUACAGAAUUCUCACACGAAAACACAUAAAGGAGUCUUUCAAUCCUCGAGUUGGUCAGGUUGAACUUUAUCCCAUUCAGCAUGGGGACAAAGAAUCUGGCCCUUGGCCUUGCAAUCCUUGAACCCUUCCAAGUAAUAUGCAGUAAAAAGGUUAACUAAGGACUUGGAAUCUCUUUCAACGGAAUCUUUGAGCUUCGACACCAGAGAAGAAUUCAACUCUUUGGGUUUCUCCGCUUCAUCUUGGAGCUUCUUGGAGCUUCUUGAGCACUGACGAAUUCCUGAUGACGGGUGGUAGAUAAGGCAGAGCUAACUUGAGACAAUUUAUCCACUUGGAGCUUCUUGGACACAUGCUUAUCAACGCCAUCAAACUUCUCCAGCGCAGCGUUCUCCAAGCUUACUUCCAAUGUCAAGGCUAGACUGAAGGACAGAGGAAAUAGGUUGGUCAGUGGAAGGUUGAGCUGGUUGAGGAGACGAUGCUCGUUAAAUUCAACCUCAAGAGAUAAAAUUUAGAGUGAAAAAAAGAAAAAGAAAGGAUGAAGAGAGUGCUUACAUUGCUGUGCAAUUGGAAAGUAUGGAUAGCACCAAACCGAAGCCAGCUUGUUGCCGUCCAUUUGAAACAAGAACGGUUCGACUCCAUGCUGAUACUGAGGUUGAAGAAGGACAUCCCCAAGCCCCUCAAUAGGGUCCGGGAGCCAUUCCCGCCGCCCAAUAUCAAAGAUGUAGAUGGACUUUGGCUGGAGGGAGGCCAGCCUUCUGGGAUGAUGAGCUGCAAAGGAAAACAAGUAGGAGCAGGGUCCAUAGCUCAGGACCACACCAGGAGACAAUUCACUAGACUUGCCACCAGGGGCGGAUGAGGGGCAGGGAAUGUCCAGGGAUAACUUGAGUGCUGGUCCUUCGAAUUUCGGUGAAUGUCCAUGGAUGACUUGAGUGCUGCCCCUUUAAAGGUUGGAGUUGCCCUUCAUAUAUGCCAUUCAAUUGCUUGAUAAAAUCCCUUAGAGAGGUGUUGCCCCUUUAAAGUCCAGUCCUAAUAUUAUUUACCUCUGGCUUGUUUGUUGGUUGUGAUUACAAUUGUAGGUAGAAAAAAAGAACCAAGUAAAAAAUUAUCCAAAAAUGCAAAGUAAAUGAAAUGGUGAUCUUAGAGAAUAACAAAACAUCAUCAUUCUUGGACAAACAUAUUAAUGAGAUGCAAUGAUAUCAAACAAUGUUAGUGUGUUCAAGAUAAGUGUGUUUCUU